GUGGCUGUCUUAUUGUAUAGUCUCCACUCUCCAAAAACGUUGUCGUCAUAGUUUUGCUUUCUAUAGAGAUAAUCAAAUUGCAGAGAGAGAAAAGAAGGAAGAAUCUUGAAUGGAGAAGAGAAACGAGAUACAAGUGAUUCUGUUUCCUCUACCAUUACAGGGUUGCAUAAACCCUAUGCUUCAGCUAGCAAAGAUCCUUUUUGCAAAAGGCUUCUCAAUCACCAUCAUCCACACGCGCUUCAACGCGCCCAAAUCUUCAGACCAUCCUCUCUUCACUUUCUUACAGAUCCCCGACGGCUUAUCCGAAGCACAGACCCAAUCUCGUGAUGUUUUGCUUCAGCUCACGCUUCUUAACAACAAUUGUGAGAACCCGUUUCGAGAGUGUUUGGCUAAACUCAUCAAACCUGGUUCAGAUUCAGAAACAGAGGAAAAGAGAAUUAGCUGUUUGAUCGAUGAUUCUGGGUGGGUUUUCACACAAUCCGUGGCGGAGAGUUUCAAUCUUCCGAGAUAUGUCCUCUGUGCUUAUAAAUUCUCUUUCUUUCUCGGACACUUGCGUGUUCCUCAGUUUCGUCGUGAAGGGUUUCUCCCAGUACUAGAUUCCGAAGCAGAGGAUGUAGUUACGGUGUUUCCACCGCUUCGAAAGAAAGAUCUUUCGCGAAUUAUGGGAACCAUCGCUCAGAGUAAGCCUCUCGAUUCUUACUUGCAUAAGAUACUAGAAACGACUAAGCCAGCUUCAGGGCUCAUAGUCUUGUCCUGCGAAGAGCUUGACCAAGAUUCACUUGCUGAGUCCCACAAGGUCUUCAGCUUUCCGAUAUUCCCCAUUGGCCCAUUUCACAUCCAUGACGUCCCAGCCUCGUCCAGUAGCUUGUACGAACCGGACCAGAGUUGCAUUCCAUGGUUAAAUGAGCGCGAAACGAGAUCAGUAAUCUACGUGAGCUUAGGGAGCAUUGCGAGUCUUAGCGAGUCUGACUUCUUGGAAAUUGCUUGUGGACUAAGAAACACCAACCAAUCCUUCUUGUGGGUUGUCCGGCCUGGUUCAGUCCAUGGGAGAGACUGGAUCGAAUCGUUACCAUCAGGGUUCAUGGAAAGUCUCGAAGGUAAAGGAAAGGUAGUGAAAUGGGCGCCACAGCUAGAUGUUCUUGCGCAUAGAGCCACGGGAGGGUUUUUGACUCACAAUGGAUGGAACUCGACGCUAGAGAGUAUAUGCGAAGGAGUACCUAUGAUCUGCUUGCCUUUUGUAUGGGACCAAAUGCUUAACGCCAGAUUCAUAAGCGAAGUUUGGAGGAUUGGGAUUCACUUGGAAGGCCGGAUAGAAAGAAGAGAAAUCGAGAGAGCUGUGACAAGGCUAAUGGUUGAGUCGGAAGGAGAGGAGAUUCGAGAUAGAAUCAACGUAUUGCGAGAUGAAGUAAGAAGAUCGGUUAAACAAGGAGGCUCGUCAUCUCGAUCUUUAGAUGAGCUGGUUGAUCGUAUAUUAUCAUCCUAGUUCUGUCAACUGAAUCAAUUGUACCCGCUUUACAAUUUAUUGUGAACGAAUAAUACGCUUGGAUGUAUCUGUUUUUGCCGCUUUUGUAAGUUGUUCUUUAUAAUGUGUUUGUUUUCUAGGUAUUAGGCCUAUUAGGCAAGGCACACCACAAUUGUUUAGGUAAAAAACUUAAAUGUUUGGUUGUUUUUUCCUCUAUUCAGAAGUUCUACUAAAAGAUGCAUAUAAAAGAUGGUUUUUGAUUU